AAGAUCUCUGGUGUUCCUUUGGUGACUACACUACACCAGUUGUACCACGUACGGGUGUCUCUUUCAACCGGUCAGUAUCUUUCAAACUCCGGAACAAGAAGCUCUUAACACUGAUAAUUUCGUCCUAUAGGUAAACGGAGAGAAGUUUUUGUUUUAAAGUACACCUCAUUUCGUUGUUAUUAUUAUUAUUGUUUUUUUUUUUUUUUGUGAAACUAAGAAGUUGUAAGUGAAGGAGAAAACCUUUUGACCCAAUCGCGUGCUGCAUCUGAAGUGAAAAAGUGCCCGUAGGGUUCGUGAACUUUUGAAGAAGAGAAUAAAGUAUAAGCAAAAGCAGAAGCAGGAACUGAAACUGACGAAUACGACAACUAGGUUUUGAAAUAAGGGUGAGAGAGAAUCGAGGUAGUGCUCUUGUUCUAUUUCUUCCUCUUGAGUAAUAAUCUUAUUCUUGAGCUUCCGUGGUGAGAAUGUGGGCUGGACAGGACGACACGCAGAGGUUUAAAACCAGAGUGUUGAAGCCACCAGGCGGCGGAAGCAGUGACAUAUUCGGUAGCGGAGCAGACGAAACAAGCCCAAGGCGUGUUAAGAAUCACAAUGCAUCCCAGCUUGGAUCAGCAUUAUACGGCGACAGUGGUGCGAGUACAGGCAGCAGCAGUCCCGAGACACCACGUGCCAACAAGCCCGGUAAUGAUUCUCACAAACGUCUGUUUGGCCCUCCCGAACCCGUUCCCAAAAAUACAAAAAAUCACAUGCGCAGCAACAUCUCCCUCAGCGGAAAUGACAUUAUUGACAAUAUAAACUCUUCGAACUGUCGCACAAUUAAGAACAAUGAGUCUAAUGGAACUCACAUCAACGGCACCGCUUUUGUCAACGGCAACGCUAAUACUAACGAUAUCACAGCAGCUUUUAGGAGAAUCAAACGAUUUCGAGGAUCGUCCUUUAUUCCGCGGAAUCCCGUCACUGGAGAUGGAAUUGACAUAACGCCAGUGCGGCGCAGCACACGAAGGUGUCGAGAUCGCAACCCGGUAACAGGCGCUGGAUACACACCUGACUCCCAGAACAAUGUGGCAUCGCACAAUGGCAGCAGCAAUGCCAGCAUUAAUGGUGACUCAAAAUCAACCACUGACUCAUCUUCAUCAAGCACAAAACAGCAGCCGGGUCGUGGUCGCGUUCCACCUGGUGGAUUCUCAUCUGGGCUUUGGUAAAAAGGGAUUACCUUUUUAUUGAGUAUUUUUCAUCUCCCAUGAGAUAACGACAAAAAAAUACUUAAGAAAAAAAAUAACUAAAAUUAAUCAAUUUGUCAAUAUUAACUAAAGAUUAAUUUUCAAAUGCUUUAGCCGUUGUCAUUCCUAUUUAUUUUGUAUCGCACUUCGGCUUAUUAAUUUUUUUUUAUUUUAAUUAAAUUAUAACUAGACUUUCUCUUUAAAAAACACUUACUGUUUUGAAAAAUUAUUUGUACGUCUACUAUAAUAAUGGUAAAUUAAUUGGUGUUGAAUAAAAGAAAUAAUUAUUAAAAUAAAAUGAAUGAAUUUUGUAUUGUAAUAGAAUAAUUUCGAAAUUAAAUGUAAUUGAAUAAUUGAAAUAAUCUCGGGCGUAUUUAAUGAUUGUACAUUUAAUCUUACUAUUAAUUAUUAAUGACCCUAUGUUUUUAUCAUAAUUAUUUAAAUAAAUAAAUAUAUAAAUCAAAUGCACCAUAUGAAAGUUAUUAAAUAAGUGCUUUCUUACUUCUGUGCCUUCUUACUAUCGUAUAUUAAAUAUUUUUUUUGGCUUCUUAAAAGUCAGUAAAUAUGAAAUAAAAAUAAUAAUUAUUAAAAAAGUGGAUAAUAACUAGGUACUUUAAUAGAUUCAACUGUACAUGAAACGCCCGAGUGCUCUUAGUGAUUUUUCUUCUUUUUUUAACUAUUCUACUAUGAUCAUUUCGUGUAAUAAUUCAUAAUAUUAUUUUUCAUAUCUCUAUUAUUAUUAUUAUUUUAAAAAAUUUUUUUGCGCAUUCCUUAUUUAUCGGUGUGCAUCAUCCAAGGCGGAAGUGCGUUUGGCUCGUAGCACAAAUAUUUCAAACUCGUUCAACACACGAGAUUCGCUUAUAAUUCUUCUUAUAACGGCACUUAUUUAUUUUAGAUGCGAUAAUAUCAGCUCUCAAUAAUAUGUAUCAACAUUUAUAGGUAACAAUAAUAAUAAUAAUAAUAAUUUUUUACGAA